GGCUUACGUAGUAGUAGCAGCAGCAGCAGCAGCAGCAAGCAAGCAAGCAAGCAAGCAGUACAAUGGCUCGUACCAAGCAGACAGCAAGGAAAUCGACCGGCGGUAAGGCGCCCAGGAAGCAGUUGGCAACGAAAGCUGCCCGCAAGAGUGCUCCGGCCACCGGUGGUGUGAAGAAGCCGCAUCGUUACAGGCCUGGCACAGUGGCUCUGCGAGAAAUUCGUCGCUACCAGAAGAGCACUGAACUGCUUAUUCGUAAGCUGCCGUUCCAGCGCCUUGUUCGUGAGAUCGCACAGGACUUCAAGACUGACCUGCGUUUCCAGAGCUCGGCUGUUAUGGCUCUGCAGGAGGCAAGCGAAGCCUACUUGGUUGGCCUGUUUGAAGACACCAACCUGUGCGCUAUCCACGCCAAGAGAGUGACUAUCAUGCCGAAAGACAUUCAGUUGGCCAGGCGUAUUCGUGGAGAACGUGCUUACACCGAUCAACAAACCACAACCAGCAUCAUGUCAGGCAGAGGCAAAGGCGGAAAAGUGAAGGGAAAGGCAAAGUCUCGCUCAUCCCGUGCCGGACUCCAGUUCCCAGUCGGUCGUAUCCAUCGUCUGCUUCGCAAAGGCAACUACGCCGAGCGUGUUGGUGCUGGUGCUCCCGUCUAUCUGGCCGCUGUCAUGGAGUACCUGGCCGCUGAAGUGUUGGAGUUGGCUGGCAACGCCGCCCGUGACAACAAGAAGACUCGUAUCAUUCCGCGUCACUUGCAACUGGCAAUCAGGAACGACGAGGAGCUGAACAAGCUGUUGUCCGGCGUAACAAUCGCACAGGGUGGUGUCCUGCCCAACAUCCAGGCUGUCCUCUUGCCGAAAAAGACCGAGAAGAAGUUGGCAGCAAUGUACUUCUUGAUCGCCUGCAGUGACGAGCCACCACGCUCCUUGAGUCCGGCAAUAGCAGCGUUCACCAUUUCGCCGGUUGGCGGGUGUGCUGGCUUGGCACGCGGCUUCUUGGAGCUGGCUGCUGCUUUCGAUGCGGCCGCCUUCUUCGCCUUGGCCGGUGUGGACGCGGCUGGGACCGUUGCCGCUGGACUGGUUGCUGUCUCGGCUGACAUCUUGUUGUUGAGUAGUAGACAGCAGCAGCAGCAGCAGCAGCAAGCAAGCAAGCAAGCAAGCAGUACAAUGGCUCGUACCAAGCAGACAGCAAGGAAAUCGACCGGCGGUAAGGCGCCCAGGAAGCAGUUGGCAACGAAAGCUGCCCGCAAGAGUGCUCCGGCCACCGGUGGUGUGAAGAAGCCGCAUCGUUACAGGCCUGGCACAGUGGCUCUGCGAGAAAUUCGUCGCUACCAGAAGAGCACUGAACUGCUUAUUCGUAAGCUGCCGUUCCAGCGCCUUGUUCGUGAGAUCGCACAGGACUUCAAGACUGACCUGCGUUUCCAGAGCUCGGCUGUUAUGGCUCUGCAGGAGGCAAGCGAAGCCUACUUGGUUGGCCUGUUUGAAGACACCAACCUGUGCGCUAUCCACGCCAAGAGAGUGACUAUCAUGCCGAAAGACAUUCAGUUGGCCAGGCGUAUUCGUGGAGAACGUGCUUAGACGACAACACACGCGCGGCUAUAUCAUGUUAUUGGCUGCUGGUGCUGUGCAAUGCAACGCGCACUCACACCAACAACGGCCCUUUUCAGGGCCAG